GGGCCGGCCCGGGCGGCUCCUCCUCCCCGCGGCGGAGGCGCAGCCGGGCGGCAUUAGCUCAUCUCAGCGCGGCGGCGGUUCCUCUCGGCCCUUUCUUCCCCCGUCCCCGCCUCGGGGCCUCCCGCCGCUCGGAGGCGGCUCCACGCCCCGGCAGUCCCCAUGGCCCUCUGCAACGGAGACGCCAAGCUGGAGAACACUGGAGCAGAGCUGAAGGAUGGGCAGCACCACUACGAGGGAGCCGUGGUCAUUCUCGACGCCGGGGCGCAGUACGGGAAGGUGAUCGACCGCCGGGUGCGCGAGCUCUUCGUCCAGUCUGAAAUCUUCCCCCUGGAGACUCCAGCCUUUGCCAUCAGGGAGCAAGGCUUCAGAGCUAUCAUCAUAUCUGGAGGACCAAACUCUGUGUAUGCAGAAGAUGCACCCUGGUUUGACCCUGCCAUAUUUACAAUAGGAAAACCAGUUCUUGGGAUCUGCUAUGGCAUGCAGAUGAUGAAUAAGGUAUUUGGAGGCACAGUGCACAAGAAGAGUGUCAGAGAAGAUGGAGUGUUCAGCAUCACUCUGGAUAACACUUGCUCACUGUUCAGGGGCCUUCAGAAGGAAGAGCUUGUGCUCCUCACACAUGGAGACAGCGUGGAUAAAGUAGCUGAUGGAUUCAAAGUGGUUGCACAGUCUGGGAACAUUAUAGCAGGCAUAGCAAAUGAAUCCAAAAAACUGUAUGGAGCACAGUUCCACCCUGAAGUUAGCCUCACAGUGAAUGGGAAAAUGAUCCUGAAGAAUUUUCUGUACGAUAUUGCGGGCUGCAGUGGCACCUUCACCGUGGAGAACAGAGAACUCCAGUGCAUCCAGGACAUCAAAGAGAAAGUGGGCUCAUCAAAAGUGCUGGUUUUACUCAGUGGUGGUGUGGACUCAACAGUGUGCACUGCUCUCCUGAACAGAGCCCUGAACAGGGAGCAGGUGAUAGCUGUGCACAUAGAUAACGGGUUUAUGCGCAAGAGGGAGAGUCAGUCUGUGGAGGAGGCACUCAAAAAACUUGGGAUUCAAGUGAAAGUGGUGAAUGCAGCUCACUCAUUCUAUAAUGGUACAACAACUCUGCCCAUCUCAGAUGAGGACAGAACUCCCCGUAAAAGAAUCAGCAAGACUUUAAAUAUGACUACAAGUCCUGAAGAAAAGAGAAAAAUUAUUGGUGACACCUUUGUGAAGAUUGCCAAUGAAGUUAUUGGAGAAAUGAAUCUGAAACCAGAAGAGGUUUUUCUUGCUCAGGGUACCCUCAGGCCUGAUCUCAUUGAAAGUGCUUCUCUUGUUGCAAGUGGCAAAGCUGAAGUCAUCAAAACUCAUCAUAAUGACACGGAGCUGAUUCGAAAAUUGAGAGAAGAGGGCAAAGUAAUAGAACCACUGAAAGACUUUCACAAAGAUGAAGUGCGAGUGCUGGGGAGAGAGCUUGGUCUUCCUGAGGAGCUGGUUUCAAGGCAUCCCUUCCCAGGCCCUGGUCUGGCCAUCAGAGUGAUAUGUGCUGAAGAGCCCUACGUCUGCAAAGACUUCCCUGAAACAAACAACAUUUUGAAAAUAGUUGCAGAUUUCUCUGCAAGUGUUAAGAAGCCACAUACUUUGCUGCAAAGGGUCAAAGCUUGUACAAGUGAAGAAGACCAGGAGAAGCUGAUGCAGAUCACCAGCCUACAUUCACUGAAUGCCUUCUUGUUACCAAUCAAAACUGUGGGAGUGCAGGGCGACUGUCGUUCGUAUAGCUACGUCUGUGGGAUCUCCAGUAAAGAUGCUCCACACUGGGAGUCUCUUAUGUUCCUUGCCAGGCUCAUACCACGUAUGUGCCACAACAUAAACAGAGUUGUGUACGUGUUUGGUCCACCAGUCAAAGAGCCUCCCACAGAUGUCACCCCCACCUUCCUGACCACAGGAGUCCUCAGCACUUUACGUCAGGCUGAUUUUGAGGCUCACAAUAUCCUCAGGGAGUCUGGUUAUGCUGGAAAGAUUAGCCAGAUGCCAAUAAUCCUGACCCCCCUGCAUUUUGACCGGGACCCCCUCCAGAAGCAGCCCUCGUGCCAGCGCUCCGUGGUCAUCCGCACUUUCAUCACCAGUGACUUCAUGACUGGGAUUGCAGCAACCCCUGGCAGUGAGCUGCCAGAAGAGGUUGUGUUAAAAAUGGUGUCAGAGAUUAAGAAGAUCCCUGGCAUCUCUCGGGUGAUGUAUGACUUGACAUCAAAGCCACCAGGCACGACAGAGUGGGAGUAAUUAACUUUUUUUCUACCCAAGUACUGUGUGCAGUCUAAAUCAUAUCAGAAACCAUUCCCAGUGUUGACAUGCAGUACUCUGAAGGAGUGACUGGAGCUGCUCCAUGGCAUCAGAUUCCUCUCCUGGAGCAGCAGGCUGCAGAUGAGAGCUGUGCUGGGGAUGCUGAGGAUGUGUACGGGUACGGGAUGGCGGUGCCAGCAGACGGAUUCCUCUCGCUUUUGCCUUUGUCUCACCCACCCCUCCUGUCCCCAUGUGGUUUGUUGUUAACUGUCAUUUCAAGGUCUCUUUGUUUUUGUACACUGUGUAAAAAGAGACAGUUUAUUUACUUCUACCGAGAGCAUUGUUACAGCCUGGACAUGUACAAUGAAUUCUUUGUGACCAACUGCUUUUGAACGGAUUUAUUAUAAAUAAAUAUUUUGCCAAAUGGA